AUACCCUCCAAGUAACUUGUGCAGGGAAGCUGGAUGUGCAGUCUCUGAGUGGGGGGAAGAUCUCUCUUUUUUUGCCAUGUCAUCUGAAAGACACCAGCUCCACACCCAUUCCUACCAGGACUCACUAAGCUCUACUUGUCACAGUCUCUUGAAUGUCAACAGCCACCCCCUAUCCAAGAGCUCCUCAAAUCUGGCCUCUCUUGGGCACUCAAGGAGUUUAGAGGAAAGGCAAAACAAACAGGAGUUGAAGAAAAGCCAUAGCAGCACCAUCUGCCGUAUCCUGGAAAACAGGAGUGAUGCAGGGAGUGAUGCAGGGAGUCCCGGAUGGUCCUCCUCUCAGCCUGGGGUGAUGGGACUUGGAUCAGAGGUCCAGAGCAUAAAUAAAAACCCAUCAGCCAAUGACCAUUCAGAGGGCAGAACUAAGAAUACAAACCAUGUUCUUGUCACUGAACAGGUCUCAGCACCCUGGGAAGCUGGGGACGCUAAGAUGUGUGUAAAGAGCAGCACUGCUGAGAAUGUUUCUUCAGCCUGCUUUGUUCACCAGCAAGGCAUGUGUGAAAUGGAAGAAUCAGGAACUGCCCUUCAGAGAAGCCACUCAGACCUAACCUGCAGCUGCAAACAGCAGACUUAUGUCACUCACAUAGAAACCAGUUCUACUCACUCCAGCCUAAACUCUUCUGGCUGCAGGCAUUGUCUGCCAGUGGCUAGGAUGUCUUUCCAAACGCAGAGGUAUGGAUCAGAAACAAAUGAGAAUACAUCUCACUAUCAAAACCUUGUGACUCAUCUUCCGGUCCUACCUAGAGACCAACAAGUACCCACAAAUACCUUUGGCAGUGGCAGUAUUCCACAUAACGCUACUGUUUACACAGAUCCUAGCACAUUUCAUGCUGCUGUUCUAGGACCCCACAUGCCUGGAAAUGGUUUCCCAAACAGGACAAUGUUCAGUCAAGCUCCUGGGAUUGUUCAUGGUGGUCUGACUUAUGGUAAUAUUCCAAAUUCUGCGUACUCCCCCAUGGUGAUGACGGUUCACAACAACUCUUUGGGGCCCUGCAGUCUCAGGCAGGAUGCCUUGAAGGCAGAUGCCACCAUCCCGGCCUAUUGCCACUCCUUGCCCAUCCCAUCCAUACAGCUCGUUCCACGGUUGGUGUGCUCUGUCAGUGAGACAGGAAAAGAGCAGGCAGCACCUGGCUACUUUAAUUCCUUUUCUGCUUCAGACAUUCUGACAUAUCCUAAGCUGGUGUCUUCAGUAAGUGAAUCAGGCCUGGAUGCCAAGAAAAUCCUGAAGUGCUGUAACGUUCCUGGAGAGCAACUGCAACCUGCUCAGCAGGAGAUAGUUCCUCCAGAAGCCAAGGCUGCCCAUGUUGCCCUGAGCAGCCAGCAAGGUGCAGAUGUGGUAGUGACAACUAAGGAUAUGUGGACUAUGACCUCUAUGAAUGACAUAACCAAAGGCCUGAAACCAGCUCUGGAGCGCAGAGAUGCCGAGGUACAAACUCUUCCAACCAUGGAAUGCAAAUCAGUGGCAACAAGCCCAGCAGCUGCAGCAGAAGGUCACUCACAUGUGUUCCCAGAGGUGAACCUGGAGCAAGAUUUGGAGGCCCCCAAAUCUCCAGUUCGUGAAGUGAGAUGGGACGAUGAAGGAAUGACAUGGGAAGUAUAUGGGGCAUCUGUAGAUCCGGAAGUCCUCGGGGUAGCCAUUCAAAAACAUCUCGAGUUUCAAAUAGAACAGUUCCAGACAGAGCCUGCUGAGGCAGCUGAGAAAAGUAAUGAGGAACCAGCCCCUGAAAAAACUGGGAAAAAAAGGCCUUUCAGAACAAUGAUGCAUUCCCUGAGAUAUCCAAGCUGCUGUGCUCGCUCCAGUACUGCAGUGGAGUGA